UAGAACAUAUUACUCCUUUUAAUGUGAUUCUUAUAAUGUAAAUAUUAUACUUAUGUGUAAUGGAUAAAUCAAUAGAGGAAAAAUUAUAUGAUUCAAUAAUUGUAGAAGACUUAGAGUCUAUAUCAAAUUUAUUAUCACAAGGUCCUAAUGCAAACAAAAUAACUAGUCAUGGCAAAACAUGCUUGGGAGAAGCUGCUUAUAAAGGAAGUGUAUUUAUUACAAAAAUGUUAAUAGAAUUUUCUAAAGAUGAUUGCACAGAGGAGAAAAUUUUUCAAAAUUAUUAUAAAAAGAAAUAUUCGAAGUCACAAAAGAGAAAACUUCGUAGUUCUGGACAUCAAGAUGAAACGGUAGUGAAGUGUAAGAAUUUAAAUGAAAGAAUACCAAAAGUUGAUAAAACAAAUAAAUAUGUUUCAUUACAAGGUAGCCACUAUGGAAAUAAUCAGGGCUAUUUUGUUGUUAUACAUAAUGAUGGUUCUAGUAUUGAAGAAAGUAAAAUUGGUAACUUAAAAUCACCUGUAAGUUCUAGUUCAUUAGUUUCAAGUCCACAAGCAGAGCUAGAAUGGGAUGAAGAGAUUACUAAUGUUGCUCCUACCACUAGUGAAGAUGAAAGCUGGACUGCCAUGUAUAGGUGGUAUGCAGCCAUAUUAGAAUGUACAGGUACUGCAUUAGCUUCUGCUACAGUAGUUACAAAUGGACUUAACCAACUUGAUGCUUUUAUGAGAACUGCUUUACACUAUGCUGCAGAACAAGGUCAUACAGAAAUUGUUAAGCUUUUGAUAGAUGCAGGUUGCAAAGUAGAUAUUGCUGCCGGUGAUGGACUGACGUCUUUACAUAUUGCUGUAAUGAGGAAUCAUAAAGAUAUUGUUGUACUGCUUCUUGAAGCAGGAAGCCAUGUUAAUUAUAAAACACAUGAAAAAAUGACUCCUUUACAUUUUGCAGCAUCUAGGGGGUAUGUGGAACUGGUAAGGAUUUUAGUUACUAAAGGGGCUUACCUAGAAGCAAGAGAUACAAGUGAACGCACAGCUCUAUACUUAGCAGCUGGACGUGGUCACGAAGAAGUUGUCAAGUUCCUUGCUUCUGUUGGAGCUAAUGUGAAUGGAGAAGAAAUUCAUGGCUACACACCUUUAUGCGAGGCAGUCUGGCAUAGAUAUGCGAAAGUUGUUGAAAUCCUCCUAGCUACAGGAGCAAGAAUAACACAUUCACACAAACUUUUGCACAAUGCUAUUAUUCAACGUCAGGAAGAUAUUGUCAAAUUGCUUGCUGACAUUGGAGGUGGUAUUAAUUUGCACGAUGACAAUGGAGAUACUCCUUUGUUAUUAUCAGCUAGAUUAUCUCAGCCUGCUGUUGCUCUAUCCCUAUUGCAAAGAGGUGCAAAUAUAAAUUCUUGCAACAAUAUAACGGGAGCUAGUGCACUUCACAUAGCCGUGGAGAGCAUAGACUGUCCAAAUACAUUUGAAGUCCUACUUUGUCAUUUGUUGGAAUAUGGGGUUCAUUUAAAUGUUACUGCUCUGACUGGUGAUACAGCCCUUAACCGAGCAUUGCUUCUUCAAAAAGAUGAUGCAGCUGUUUUGUUGAUACGUCAUGGUGCCGACGUUAAUGCAUGCGAUUUACAUUCGCGUGGCUUAGACAAUUUGACGAUAGCUAGUAGGCGGCGAACAACAAACCUUGCAAGGCUGCUUAUAAAAGCAGGCCACCAUAUACCUAUCCCUGAUACUAAUUCUCCCGUACCGAAACAAGAUACCACAUUAAAUUGGUUGUACUAUAUUUGUAGGGAGCCACUGACUUUAUUAGACAUUUGCAGAAUUCGAAUAAGAAGUUGUUGUGGAAAUAUGAUUAUGUUUCAUUAUAUAAAUGCUUUACAUUUGCCAAAGACUUUAAAAAGAUUUCUUAUGUUAGAAAACGAAGCUUAAUAUAUUAUUAUUAAAAGUUU